GGGAUUGGCCGGUUCUACAAAGAUCUGGGAUUACAUCGUACUGCUGUUCCUCGUCGUACCGUUUCGCUUGACUCCAUCGUCUCGGGUUUCCGGUUUUUUCCCCGAUCGAGUCCAUCGCUUCGGCUUCUACUUCUCCUCCAAGUCGAUGAGAACAACUGGUUGAUUGAUGCGGACAAGAGGGGCGGGAAAUUCGAAGUGGGAUUCAAUUACUUUGCUCGAGCGGCGUGUAUUUGAUGCCGAGCGGACUUGGGGUUUUAGCUUCCAUCUACUGUAAGCCGCUUCGUGUCAAUUUAUUAGAGGGAUUUGGGCAUCGGAAUCGAAGUGAAAGGCCGGACUAAUUUCCUGUAAUAUGUUGUUUUGGACUUUUGGGUAAUUUGCAGACCUCAACAGUUGUUGAUGUUGAAUGCAAGUUGAACUAGAUUGCUAAAGCUAGUUCUGUUUGGGCGUGCUGCAGAUCGUACAGGGCCUUCAAAGUUAUAUCUUCUUAAAGGUCUUAAGAAAUGAGGAAUCAGACAUUGAAGAUCGCUAUAGGGGUUUCAGUAGGUGUUGUAGUUGGAAUUUUGAUAGGUUGUGGUGUACUGAUUUUUAUGAGGCUCUACCGAAAGCGUUCUUGGGGCCGGCUUCAUCCAAAAAAUGUCAUCUCAACAACUCUUCCUAUACAUGCAAAUGGAGUUCACACAAGCAUUGAUUCAACUGCAUCAAUCUCUGUUUCUCAUGUGGAUUCUGACAAGCUAUAUGUGGAAAAGAGGAAUGCUCACUGGAAUCCACAACAAAAUAAAGACCUUUUCACUUCUCUUUCAGCCAUUCCAAGAUACUCAUACAAGGACAUUAAGACAGCCACACAGAACUUUACGACAGUACUAGGGCAGGGAUCUUUUGGGCCAGUAUAUAAAGCUGCAAUGCCUACAGGUGAAUUGGUGGCUGUUAAGAUGCUUGCAAGUGAUUCAACCCAAGGUGAAAAGGAGUUCCAAACGGAGGUACUUCUGCUUAGUAGGUUGCACCACAGGAAUCUUGUGAAUUUGGUUGGAUUCUGUAUAGAUAACAGUCAGCGCAUGCUUGUUUAUGAGUUCAUGACCAAUGGCAACCUUGCUACCCUCUUAUAUAAUGAUGGACCAAGGAUUUUGAGCUGGGAAGAGAGAGUGCAAAUUGCAUACGAUGUCUCACACGGAAUAGAGUAUCUUCACGAAGGGGCUGCCCCACCAGUCAUACAUCGAGAUCUAAAAUCAGCUAACAUAUUGUUGGACAUGUCAAUGAGGGCCAAGAUUUCCGACUUUGGUUUGUCAAAGGAAGAGACAUUCGAUGGAAGAAAGUCUGGCCUUAAGGGUACAUAUGGUUAUAUGGACCCAGACUAUAUGUCGACAAACAAGUUCACAAAGAAGAGUGAUAUAUACAGUUUCGGAAUCAUACUGUUCGAACUGAUAACUGCGAUAAAUCCACAGCAAGGUCUAAUGGACUAUAUCAAUCUUGCGGUGAUAGGCGAGGAUAGCAAAGCCGACUGGGAAGAGAUUGCCGACAAAAGGCUUGUUGGAACAAGUCACCCAGAGGAGGUAAAGCUUCUAGCUGAUAUUGCAUACAAAUGCUUGCACAAGAUACCGAGAAAGCGCCCUUCGAUAGCUGACAUCAGUCGGGCAAUCGCAAGAAUAAAACAACAUCGACCCAACAAGAACGACGAGUUGCCCACUGCAGGAAGAGAUGUGCCUAGAAGAGUUAUAAGGAGGAUUGAAAACCUACAGGUGGAGCUGCUCAACAUGACCAGCUUAAAAGGCCAUCAACCUGUGAAAGUGUGAAUCGACUAAUACUACCACACACUGUCUGAUCAUUAGAGCGUUUUCGACUUGAAAAAGGUUAAGGAGUUGACUGACUCAGGGCCUCGAAUAUGGUCUUUGUGUAAAGAAAAGUUUCUGUUUUAGUAAAAACAAUAGUUGCAUAAGCAUUUCAACAAGAAUGUCAAGAUACAUUUGGACACUUUUGUUUCAAUUGAAUGCUUAUGGUAGAGUCUAACAUCACACAUUAGUCUGAAAGUCUUUCAUAUCUAUCUCUUUAAUCAUUAGAUCAGUUAGUUAGAAA